UGACCGAGCACCGGAUCGGGGCGUCAGAAGAGUGAUUGGGGGGGAGAGCGGGGGAGAGAGGGGGAGGUGUACAGUUCGGUUCACCGUUUUCUCCGCACCGAGCCUCUCUGCGUUAUUGUGAACAUGAGGCGGCCGCUCGGCGCUCCGCGGACGGACGCGGCGUGUCGGCGCGCAGCAUAAAGGCGGAACCUGAGCCGAGCAGCGGAGCGGCGGAGCGGCGGCCCCGGAUCUGGAUCAGGAUCUGGAGGUUUUAAACAGCUGGAACCAGUUCAGUCCUGCGAUGGCUUCUCCUGUAAAAUGGAUGAUUUAAAGCAGAAACAAUGAAAACAAGGACACACAAAGAAUCGAUGCCCAUGCGCAGUGGGCGCCGACGGGGGGCGAGUGAGGAGCGACGGGGCAGACGACCACACAGCAGCCCGACGCGACCUGAACGCAACGACAGGCAGACGCAGAGAGGCGCUGCUGAGGAUUUGGCUGCAAGUCACUUCAGCCGCAGAUCCCAGGGCCAUGAUUCGUCAGAGAGCGAAGGGGAGGAGCUGGUGUCUCCUCCGAAGAGGCAGAAAGUUCAGGAUUCGGCCUCGACUCCGAACCCUCCAACAUCGACUCACUCCACCGACAGCUCGGCUCCCUCCACAGUCCCGCCUCCAACCUCUGCUGCCAGCCAAUCCCGCGAGAGCGACAAUGAGGACGGCCAAUCGCAGGGCAGCAGGAGUUCAGUGGUGGGCAGCCUGGCCAAUAGCAGCAGCAGUCUGAGCAGCGGGCGGGACAUCGACCAGGACAACCGGUCGUCCUCCCCCAGCCUGUCGGCCUCCCCCCUGGGCAGCCUGGACUCCGACUCGGACGGACCUGAUUCACCCAAGCAGGGAGACAAAGGAAAGGAGGGGAAGGUGUCGGGGGAGGACAGGAGGCGAGGGGAGGAGUCCUGUGGAGACGAAAAGAGAGACGUGGACGCCCGAUUGGAGGACUGUCCGUCCCUGAAGCCCCCCUCUACCCCCUGCUCCACCCCCUCCGCCGACAGGAAGUCCUUCUUCUCCCUCGACUCCAAGCUCAUGUGUAAAGUCGAGUUCGGUGGCAGCGAAGCAGCGCUCGCCGGCAGCAGGAUGACCUCCAAAGCUAGCACGCAGUGCGUUACCAAGACAACCAUCUCUGGGGCAGAUUUCUCACACAACAGCCCCAACCUGCCUCACCCACUGCCCCCACCACCCCCUCCACCGGCCCUGAAGCCCCUGGAGUUCGGGCAGGUGGAGGUGAAAGUGGAGCGAGACAAACCAGACAAACCAGACAAACUGCUGGACAAGGCUCAGUCCGCCCCCCCCUCACUGCUGCCCCAGACCCCCCCUCAGCCCUCCGCCCACCACUACACCACCCCCAGCUGGCAGGGCGGCACGGCACCUGGUUGCCAGGGGAGCUGGGGCUAUUCCCGUUACCCCAGCAACCACCACCCACCACAGCCCCCAGUGCAACAGCAGCAGCUGCCCUCUGUGUACAACCCCCCCUCCGCCCGUCACUCUGCCUCCCAGCCCUCUUACCUCCCCCACCCUCACCCCCACCCCCACAGGGAGUACCUGCCCAGGUACGCUGGAGGGGGGGCGGACCGAGAGAGAGGGGGGGCAGGAGAGAGGGAGCGGGGAGUGAGGGGGGAGUGCGGGGGGAGGGAGUUCUCAGCUCCUAUCGGCAGUGGAGGAGGCAGCGGUGGCUGUGGGGGGGGCAGGGAGUUCGGGGCAGUGGGUUCUGGUCCGGGGGGGCGGGACUUUAGUUUCAACCUGCCCAAUCAGAACCAGAACAGAGACUUCGGCUCAGCUGGAGGGGGGCACCCCAAAGAUGGAGGACGGUGGGGGGACCUGGGGGGGGCGAGCAGGGAGGGGGCCAGUAACCCCACCACCACCCUACCCCAGGGGAACCCCCCCAGCUCCACCAGUCUCCCUGUAGCCCCCCACCUGAACCGGGACCCCCCAGCAUCACCCCAGAACAACCCCACCCACCCAUCCCUGCCCCCUCACCCCCACACUCCAAACUCCUCAAACCGGGACUUCCCCCCCACCAUGGAGCAUACCCCCCCCUCCGGACCAGACCACUUCCACAGAGAGUAUCCCUCUGCCCCUGCUGUACCACCCUCCUCCACUGGCACCAAUCGGGAGUACCUGAGCUCACCAGGGGGAGCGCCAAACCUGGGCCGGGAGUAUUCUGGGCCGGGUGGGGCACAGCACCCUCACCCGCCUCACCCCCACUACCAGCCCAGAGACAGAGAGCGGGACCCAAACCUGCGAGAGGCACCAAUGUACCAGAACCGGGGGGGUCCAACCCAGCCUCCCACUCUUUCCCCCCCCUCCUCCUCCGGCCAUCAUGGACACGGGGCUCCCUACCCCCCGCCUCCACCUCAGUCCUCCCAUGCCCAGCCGCCCCCCUCAGGUGUGGCUCCCAGCAUCCGCCCCGCCCACUACCAGUCCUCCGCCCAGACGCCCCCCACCCCACUGUCCCCGCUACCAAGCCCAUCCACCAAUCAGAUGGGGGCCUUCUCCUCCUUCCCUCCUGGCUCCUCCUCGUCGGCGCCCCCUCUUUCUGCUUCAGGUGUGUCCUCCAGCUGCUCACCUGGAUGUCGGCCAUCUUCUUUCCACGGCACAUUAAACAGCCACGCCCCCUUCAGCGGGACGUACCACACUAACGGGGGCGGCGGGGGGAGUAUGGCCAACAGCAGCAACAGUAGCACAGCCAACAGCAGCAACCCGCAGUCCCUAUCGCCUCAGAGCGCCGCGAAGGCCCCAGCCCCGCUGAGUAACGCCAACAGCAGCAUCCCAACGCCAACCGCCGGAUCUGCCCUACCCACCGGAGACGGACACUCAGAUCCAGGCCCACCCCCAACUCCUGUCAUCAAGGAAGAACCAAUAGAAGAAAGGGAGGAGAACGAGAGCCCACCACCGGUGCUGAGAAGCCCAUCCCCUGAGCCGAAACCUGUGGACAUUCCCAUCCACGCCAGCCAAUCAGCACGGUUCCACAGGGUUCUGGACCGUGGCAGUGGGAACUCAUGCGCCCGCAGCGACGUCCUUUUCGUUCCGCUGGACGGAUCCAAACUGUGGAAGAAGAGGAACGAGAUGAUUGAACGGGCUCGCAGGGAGGUGGAGCAGCGAGCUCGAGACCUGAGGGAGAAAGAGCGGGAACGAGAGAGGGAGCGCGAGCGUGAGCGUGAGCUCGACCGACACCUGCAGCAACAGAAGGAUGUGGGCGCUGCUGGUGGCCCUCGCCAGGCCUCCUCGCUCUUCUUUCCCUCCUCGUCCUCCAUCAUCCUCGACCCUUCAUCAUCCUCCUCUUCCUCAGCCAACCCCAUCUCCCACCCUCCUCCUCACCCCCAGCACCACCCCUCACACCCGCACGCUCACUUGCCUCCAACACACCAUCUCCACCCCUCGCUGUCCCACUCCAUCCCCCACUCCCUACUGCUACCGUCCAUGGGCGGAGCUUCAGCCGUGGUUGGUGGCCCUCAGGGGGCCCUGGGGAUUGGUUUAGGAGGUCCGUAUUUGGGCCCUGACACUCCAGCACUGAGGACUCUGAGUGAAUACGCCCGCCCCCACGCCAUGUCUCCGCUGGGGGCAGCGAGUCGAGCCCAGGCACACCAUCCCCAGGUGCACCACGGACACCCCCACGUUCACCCAUCCUUCUUCCUGCCUCAGUUCCAGAACCACGCUCUGGCACACCCCCAUCACCUGCCCACCGAUGCAGCCACAGCGGCAGCCAUCCUUGGCUUCCUGUAUGGCGGCAGCUUGGAGGGGGGUCCAGGUAUGGGGGGUCCCCCUGGUGUGGCGGGGGGCCCGAUGCCUGGGGGCAUUGGGGCAGCAGGGUUGGGAGGAGUGGGCUUCCCUCAUGCGGUGGCAGCGCAUCGAGACCGGAUAAAGCCAGGCUUUGAGUUUAAGAGCGAUGAGCGCAUUUACCCGCCCGGGUCGAUUCCAGACCCAGCAGCGCUAGCCCUCGCUCACUCCCACUCACACGCCCAUGCCCAUGCUCAUGCCAAUGCUCACGCACAUGCUCACUCCCUGCUCCUGGGAGGUGGGGCCGCAGGAGCCAAUGAAGUGUCAUUGUACGGCACUCCUCCUCCCCCAGCUCCACCUGGACCCCCCCACCUUCAGAACCCUACCCUGGCCCCAGUGACCCGUCCUCCCAACCCUCCUGCCCCCCAGUCCCUGUCCAAUCUGCCCCCUUCCUCUCUCCUGCCUCCCUCUCUCCCCUCGCACCCUUCUUCUGCCCCUCCACCUGCCCCCCCUGUCCCAGCGGCCUCCACAGCUCCGCCCUCAGCCCCUCCCCAACCGGCUCCACCCACCUCCAGUACUGCCUCCCUCCAUCACCCCGUCCCCCAUUCUUCUUUUCCCACCUCCCUGUCCUCCCACCUGCCCCCAACCUCCGCUCCGGCUGCCCCACCUGAGAACUACCCCACCCCCACUCGCUCCCCCGCCUCCUAUGAGCGUGAGCGGAGUGGUGAUCGGGACCGAGACCGUGAACGGGACCGGGAUAGAGACCGAGAGCGGGACCGGGACCGAGAGCGGGAACGGGACCGAGACCGAGACCGGGACAGAGACCGGGAUCGGGACCGGGAUCGGGCCGCACUGCCUCCAUUCACAGAGCGAGAAAGAGAACGAGAGCGAGAACGAGAGCGAGGAGGCAGUGGGGCAGGAGGGGGCAGCGGAGGCGGCGCAGCAGGGGCAGGAGAAAACCUGGGCCGACUCCAGAUGUUGAACGUGACGCCACAUCAUCACCAGCACUCACACAUCCAUUCACAUCUGCACCUGCACCAGCAAGACACAGCGGCGGGCGGGGUUCACCCCCUGAUGGACCCGUUGGCGUCGGGGUCUCCUUUGGCUCGCCUCCCCUACCCCGGGGCCACGCUCGCCACCCCCAUCCUGGCUCACCCCCUCACUGACAGCGAGGUGCUCCGCCAGCAGCUGUUCGGUGCUCCGUUCCGUGACCUGCCCCAGACGUCCUCCCUCAGCGGGCCCAUGUCAGCCGCCCACCAGCUGCAGGCCAUGCAGCAGGCCCAGAGCGCCGAGCUGCAGAUCCAGAGACUGGCCCUGGAACAGCAGUGGAUCCACCACCACCACCACCACUCCCUCACCCAGGACGAGUACUACAGUCACCUGAAGAAGGAGAGCGAUAAAACCCUGUGAGGGGGCAGAACCAGGAGAUCAACACAGAAAACUAAAGCACUGAAACUACGAAGAACAAAGACUCAGACUGAAGCUGACGAUGAGGAAUUCAUGAAACAGCGGAUCUGAAGGAUCAGCAGCCGGAGGAGACGACGAGCUGCAGUUUUGUAUCGUGUACAGUACCUUAGAUUUGAAGUACGGUCUGUGUAAAAUACUUGAAGGAAUGUGUACAUGAGUCUUUUCUGUCAUUGCAUGUAGCUCUAGAUGCUUCUUCUGAACUGGUGGAACUUUGGUUCUCUUUUUAGUACCGAGCCCUCUUUUGUACUGAGGGUUCUAUAUGCAUGAGACCAGCAGUUAGUGUUCUGUUCUGUUUCCGAUCAAUAGUAUUGUUCUUCUGAUUAAUGUCGUCUGUUUGUUGAUAAUGAUAUAAUUAUAUAUACAGCACAUAUUAUUUGUAUUAUUUUUUUACAUUUUCAUGGUAUGGCAGUCGGUUUUUAUUUUUGAUUUGACUUGUGAAACAAGAUGCAAACGAAGGUGAAAAAAUCUGGAAAUAAAUUAUAAUCUUUCUUUUGCUA